AUGGCGCCAAAGGAGAUUGAAGAGAUGCUCCAACGAGAGGGCAGCAAAGUCUCUCCUGAUAAGUACGAUGAGUCCGCAGAAUCUGUGGACGCUCGUCAGAGGAGAACCGAGCUGUUGAUACCAAUCCUAGCAGCCUGUCGUGAGGUGUGGACCUCUGGGUCGGAGGACCUGGAGCUUAUGGUUGAGAAGCUGGGCGAUGGCAGCAGAGAUGUUGCGUGGCGUGGUCCGUUUGGUGAUUCUGGCAUCUUGGAGUUCUUCCUCCGUGUCCUUGCUGGCAACGGCUUGAAGCAGGGCUUGAAAAUUCAUAUCCUGCGGCUGGUUGGAAACUCAUGUGCAGAUACAGACGAGAACCGUGCGAGGGUGAUUCAAGGAAAUCAUCUCGUUACUGUCAUCAACCACCUGCAGGAUGAGAGCCUGAUACCCUUCUCGAUCCCGGUUCUGUUCAACAUCCUGGUUGACUAUGAACCCGCACAGCUGGCUGCUUCACAGGCCAAUCUCAACCAGCGACUCAUCGAUCUCUUGUCCGCUCCAAGCCUUGCCAACUAUAUCGUCUUCGUCCCCUAUUUCUGCAAGAUCCUCGCCCUUCUUGUUAGUCAAGAGGGUGAAGCGGCUCGUGCAAGUCCUAGGACCGUGGAAAUUCUGCUCACACUGGCCACGAGUUUGCCGUCUCGAGACGACAUUGACGAUUUCAUAUCUCUUGUUUCAGUGGCAGGCGCAUACCUUGCCGAUGACAAGUUCCAGGUGGCCCUGAUCCAGGGGCCUUUGAUGCAGCUCUUCCUUUCUACCUUUUACCACGCACACACGCAUUUUAAUCUGCUCGAGAUCGAUGACGCUGAUACGGAAGCAUCGCUGAAGAAGCUCUACUCCUCUCUUCUCGUCAGCUUGGCAGACAUCACCGGCAACGACCUGUUUGCCGCAUGCUAUCCAUUGCACAGCCAGGUUGCCCAAAACUUCCUUGCUUGGCUUCAGAGCUCGAACCUCCAGCUCCAGACGGCAGCUUGCCUCGCCCUAGGCAAUCUCUCUCGCUCUGAUGAAGUCACCACCUCUCUUGUUCAAGUGUACUUUGCGCAUGCCCCCCUGAUAAGGCUCCUCUCGAAUCAAGAUAUUACCGACGCGCAGCUUCUCCAUUCAGCCUUGUCUUUCUUGAAAAACUUGGCCAUUCCGCUCCAGAACAAGCCACUUCUCGGCGAUUUGUUGGACGUUGCAUGCGUGCCGCGGUUGUACAGCUUGGAUACCUCGCCCCAGGUGCAGUUUGCCGCCGUGUCUCUUACUCGGCUGCUUCUCCUCAACUGCCCAGCCAAUGUUGCUCGUAUCUGUGCUCCCCUCAGCGCAGACCCAGCCAGCCCAGCUCGUGAACGCUCCAGCGUGAAUGGCAUCAUCACUCUUUACGAGCGCUCCGAUGCUGAGCCCACGAGGCUCGAGGCCGCUCGGGCUGUAGCUGCCAUGUGCAGGAUGCUUCACUCUGGCCCUGUUGUGCCUUUGCUGGCAGACUGGGAGCCUCCAGUUGUCGAAGGUGGCAUAACGUCGUCUGAGCCUGAAGAAAACCAACGGCGUGAAUAUUUUUACAGCAAACACAACGUUGCCAGGGCCCUUUCGUUUUUGAUUAGCCAGCAGAAAUGGCCAAGUCUUCGCUCAGAAGCGUGGUUCGUCUUCGCUCUCAUGUGUCGUUCCAAGGAAGGGAGUCGCGUCAUCUUGGAGCUGCUCCAAAUCCACGGCACAAUGACGGAUCUCAUCAAAGCCAUCACAGGAAGAGAGACGCCCCUAAGCGAUGCGGGAAGCAGCGAUCAGAUUGAGGAGGCGUCGUACUCGCUGGCAGCCCCCGAUGGCCAAAUCACGUCCAUGGCAGAGGGCCUCGGACUCGAGCCUCAACAGGCUGAUCCCAGGCAGAAGGAGAGCAUGAUUCGGGUAGAUCGGGAGAAUGCUCUGGUGAUGUGCACGGAACUUCUCCGGACGUGGGGCGAUCAGAUACCCGGUCUGAGGCUGAGCAUCUUGCAAGAUCUGGUCAAGGAGGGCACGGAGAUUGUGGCAGCGCAGAAGGCGAUGGCGUCGUAA